AUGCUGCGGUCGGCGGCGGCGCUCCGUCCCGGCGCGUCGGCCGCGGCCCGCGCGGCGAAGCGCCGGCGCUUGGCGAGCACGCUGACGCCGGCGGCGCCCGUGUCCGCCGCGCCGGCGCCGCCGCCGCCCGGCGGCGACGUCCACGGCUACCUCGCCAAGGCCGCGGCCUACGCCCUCGGGCGCGAGUUCGGGGCGGAGUUCGGCACGGAGCGGUACGCGGCCCUCAACGUCGCGACGAAGAAGGAGUUCGGCGACUUCCAGUGCAACGCCGCGCUCGCGCUGAGCAAGAAGCUCGGCGCGCCCCGUCCGCCGCGCGACGUCGCCGCGGACAUCGUCCGGGCGCUGGAGGCCGACGCCGGCGUCGCGAGCGUCGUAUCGUUCCCGCUGGAGAUCGCCGGCCCGGGCUUCGUGAACCUGCGGCUGAGCGACGACUACCUCGCGCGGACGGCGGCGGCGAUGGCGGCGGACGCCGACGGCCGCUGCGGCGUGCCCCGCGCCGCGGCGCCGCGGACCGUCGUCGUCGACUACAGCUCGCCGAACAUCGCCAAGGAGAUGCACGUGGGCCACCUGCGGUCCACGGUCAUCGGCGACGCCCUGGCGAACUGCCUCGAGUUCGCGGGCCACGACGUCCGCCGCGUGAACCACGUCGGCGACUGGGGGACCCAGUUCGGCAUGCUCCUGGCGCACCUCGACGACGUGGCGCCCGUGGGCGGCGAAAACGACGCCCCGGAGCUCGGCGACCUCGUCGCGUUCUACAAGGAGGCCAAGGCGCGCUUCGACGCGGACGAAAGCUUCAAGCUCCGCGCGCGCGACAACGUCGUCGCGCUCCAGGGCGGCGACGCGCGGUCCCUGGCGGCCUGGAGGCGGCUCUGCGCCGCGUCGCGCGUCGAGUUCGACGCCAUCUACGACCGCCUCGGCGUCGCGGGCCUCGAGGAGGUCGGCGAGUCGUUCUACAACGACCGGCUCGAGGCGACGGUCGCCGCGCUCGGCGACCUCGCGGAGCCGUCCGAGGGCGCCACCGUCGUCUGGCCCCCGGGCGACCCGGAGACGCGGGGGAACCCCAUGAUCGUGCGCAAGUCCGACGGCGGCUUCCUCUACGCGACGACGGACCUCGCGGCCGCGGCGUACCGCUGCGGCGAUUUGAAGGCGGACCGCGUGCUCUACGUCACGGACGCGGGCCAGGGCCCCCACUUCGCCGCCGUCUUCGAGGCGGCGAAGCGGGCGGCGCUCGUCGCGGGCGACGCCCUGCUCGAGCACGUGCCCUUCGGCCUCGUGCGCGGCGAGGACGGCAAGAAGUUCGCGACGCGCUCCGGCGAGACCGUCCGCCUCAAGGACCUGCUCGACGAGGCCGAGCGGCGCGCGCUGGCGGACCUGCGGGCGCGCCGCGACGACCGCAACGCGGAGGACUCGAGCGACGCGAGCCUCGACUUCGACGACGCGGAGCUCGCGGCGCUGGCCAGGGCCGUCGGCAUCGGCGCGGUCAAGUACGCGGACCUCUCGCUGAACCGCGAGUCGAACUACAAGUUCUCCUACGGCAAGAUGCUCGCCCUCACGGGCAACACGGCGCCCUACAUGCUCUACUCCUACGCGCGCAUCAACGGCAUCCGCCGCAGGGCCGCGGAGCGCGGCGACGCGGCCGCCGGCGACGCGGCCGUCGUCUUCGACGACGACGCGGAGCGCGCGCUCGCGCGCCACCUCGCGCUCCUCGCGCCGACCCUCGUCAACCUCGAGCGCGACCUCCGGCCCAACGCCCUCUGCGACUACCUCUUCGAGCUCGCGCAGAUCUUCAACCGCUUCUACGAGUCCUGCCCCGUCACCCAGGCGCCGACGCCCGAGCUCGCGGCGUCGCGCGCGAAGCUCUGCGCCGCGACGGCGGGCGCCCUCAAGCUCGGCCUCUCGACGAUCCUCGGCAUCCCCGUCGUCGACCGCAUGUGA